AUGUUCAGAGCCACCUCUCGUGCUGCUGCUAGAUUAAACUUUAGGAGAUUCAACUCCUCUGGCCAUCACGACGCUCCAGCGGCCACCCAGAGCGAAAUCGACGUCACCAAGGUGUUCGGCGUUGCUCUUUUGACAGGCGUUUCCCUUUACUUCUACAAAGCUACCAAAGAACCAGUGAUCAAGACUCCGUUGUACAGCCACCAGGAUGAACGUGAACAAAUGAGGAAUGAGGCCUACGCCAGAAAAUACAAGACGUCGUUCAUCAAGUCUUUCAUCAGAGACAAGGGAGGUAUUGGGGCCAAGCAACACAGAAGACAGGUCAUUGGAGCUGUCCCAUCGGUACUUAUCCCAACACAUUCUCCAUACUGCAACCAGUUUGGUUCUGGUAUCAAGACCGCUGACUUGGGUCCUAGAAAGGAAAGAAUCAAGUAUUACGCUCCAUUGAAAAACUGA